GGUUGAUUGUUGACUGUUGUUAAUUAAUAUUUGAUAUUCUCGUUAACGGUGUUGGGACCACUACGAUAAUAUUAUAAUAUUAUUUUUACGAGGGAUACUCAACGUCAAUAGGUACCUGUUAACGUUUUAAUUAACCAGACGUCCGGGCGCUGGUUCGCUGGUUGUUAGCGAACAACUCGAACAACGAACGUUGUCAACAUGAACACCCAGAACACCCCAAACAACUUUAACAACAACUCCGAUGAUGAUGACGAUGAUACUAACACGCAAGUAUAUUCAAAUGCAGUUGUUCAACGGCGUGUUCAAGAUAGAAGGGAUAUUAUUAUCCCCCCAGAACUUCAAUUAGAAACACACUACGACCGAAGCUUAACUGCAGCACACAAGUAUUUGGGAGAUGGACUCCAUGAAGCUACUGGACGCACAGUAUAUGAAGAAGGUGUUGUUCAUUCAUUACCAAUUAUUUUUUUAAAGCUAAAUUUGAUGCCUGGACAAAUUUUGCCUAUUAUAGCUCGUUCUUCAGAUGUUAAACUAAUAUUGAAAUAUGCCAUAUUCCGUAAUCGUUCAUUUGGAGUUUGCUACAAACUUAAUGAAAAUAAGCGUACAUUUGGAACAAUUGCCGAAGUUUAUGAACAUUCUGUAGAAAUUGAAACUUCUCAGUCAUUUCAAAUUAAAGCUAUGGGCCAUCAGCGAUUUGAAAUUGUACAAGUCACUAAAUUUCCUGAAAGUCUUGAACAGUCACUUGCUUUGGCUAAAAUCAAAAUCAUACCAGAUAUCACAUUGACUCAUCCGUAUAAUACAUUGUGUUUACAUCCAAAGAAACGUAAUACGAGUCAUGGUGAAAUGUGCCGUAAAAGAGACAUGUGGCAAACUCAGUGGCCAGAUUGGGUUUAUAAACAGUUUGAUGUUAAUGAAUUGGCAUCUCGUCUUGCCAAAAAAGUUAAAAUGUUGUAUAAAGAUAUAAAAAUCUCAGAUGAUCCCUGUUUGUUGUCAUUCCAAGUGACACGACUUGGCAUAUUCAGUCAAGAACAAGUAAGUGAGUUGCUUGGUAUUGAGUCAACAAACCUACGACUUCAAUACGAACUACAAUAUUGGAAUAAAACUCAAUCAAUGCAAAAAUUCUUGUGUGCUCGAUCUGGCUGUAGUGCUCCAGUGUGCAAUAUGAGUAAUGUGUUUCCAAUGUCUCCUGAAGGACCACAGGGUACUUAUUGUAACUCUUGGGGGAUAAUCCAUGAAAUGAUAACUGUAACCGAACUGGACGAUGAUAUAGACGUGAUAUCAGUAGGAAGUCCGUCAACUGAAUGCUGCUGGUUUCCCGGAUAUAAAUGGACAAUAAUUUUGUGCUCAAACUGUCAAAGCCAUUUGGGAUGGAGUUAUUUGGCUGAUGAAAAUUUGACACUAACACCAAGAGAAUUUUAUGGAUUAUCUUUACGCGCCAUAACAUCUAUUAAAGACUACUUAGUGCCAGACAGAGAAAGACUUGAGGAAAUCAAUGAUGGGGAAAUGUUAGUAACAUUUUAAAUUUUCUUUAUUCUCAUUACAAUUAUUUCAUACAAGUACAAAGUAUGUGAAUGAGCCAUAAAUAUAUAUCAUGUUUGCUGCUAUACAUACAAUUAAAAAUAUAAUUCAAGAAUGUUUAGCUUAUAAAAGUAAAAUUUAGUUAAAGUUUUAAAUAUUUUACUUAUUUAUUGAAUCUUAUGAAGUUAUGAAGUUGUAAAUUAUUAUUUCAUUAUUAUCAUUUUUAUAUAUUCAAUGAUAUUAGUAAAAAAAAAUCCUUUUCAAAACUAAUAAAAUUAAGAUUUUUUCUAUAAAUAAUAUUAUUUAUCCAUUAAACAUUUUUUUGCCUUAA